CUUUCCCCCAAUCCCAAUCAAAUAAUAAAUAUAUAUAUAUACACAACUAACAAGCCCAAACCCCAACCAGUAGAGCAAUCCUGUCCAGAAAUUCCAGCAUGUUGAGCAAAUGCGGUCGACAACUGUUGCGGUCGUCCUCCGCUUGGCGACUGCGUUUCCGGCGGCAACUGAGCGGCGUUCGCAUGCCCCUGGAAUGUCCCGUGGAGAUGACGCACACCUCCCUGGUGAUUGAGGGCGAGGCGCGACGCUUCAUACACGACUGCCUGCGACGGGUGGGCGUGCCGUUCGAGAAGCUGCGCUCCAUCAGCGACUUUCUGCUCGCCGCCGAUUACAGAGGUGUGCACGGCUCGGGCAUCAAUCGGCUGGAGAUGUACCUAAAGGAUCUGCAACAGGGCUAUGUGGACAUUACGGCAGAGCCGGAGAUUAUCAGCGAAACGGCGGCCACAGCGCAUGUGGAUGGCAACUGCGCCAUGGGCGUCUUUGUGGGCAACUAUUGCAUGGAUCUGGCCGUGGAGAAGGCGCGCAAAUCGGGCAUCGGUUUCGUGGUGGCCAAGCGUUCGCAUCACAUCGGCAUGGCCGCCUGGUAUGCGUUCCGGGCCAUGGCCAAGGGCUAUAUUGGCCUGGUGCUGUCCAAUGCGGCGCCAAUGCUUUUGGCGCCGGGCGCCCGGGACUCCAGUCUGGGCGCCAAUUGCCUGGCCUUUGGCGCCGAUGCCAAGCACUCGCAUUUCAUGCUCGACAUGGCCGUCACCAUGAAGGAGAUCGGCGCCUUGGAGUGGGCGUACAUGAAGAACGAGUUUAUACCGAACACUUGGGCGGCGGACGAGUCCGGCCUGCCCACCUGCUUCCCCAGUCUGGCGCUGCGUGCCCAGCGCCUGUAUCCGGCUGGCGGGCACAAGGGCUACUGCCUGGCGGCCAUGAUUGAUAUGCUGUGCGGCGUCAUGUCCGGCGCCAAUUAUGCUACGCGUGUGCCGCGCUGGUGGUCCGACUCCCAGGGCUGCAAUCCCAAUCUGGGCCUCGUCAUGCUCGCCCUGGAUCCCUGUGUCUUUGUGCCGGACUUUCACGAACGUCUCGACGACUUUCGACGUUGCAUCGAGACCUGCAACCCCCUGGACGAGACGAAGCCUGUGCGGAUGCCCGGCCAGCCGGAAAAGCAGCACAUGUACUAUGUGGACGAUCUGGGCGCGCUGCCCUUUCCCAACAUCCUGCUGGCCAAGUACAAGAGGAUCGCGGAUCUCUUGUGCGUCAAGCCGAUGCAGCUGGCCUUUGUGUCCUCCAACACACAAUACCGCUGCCUGUAGAUGGCGCUUUAUGAGUCUUUAAAAACUGAAAACUGACGCCAGCUGGCGUUGCUUGUGGAAACAGGUGGUUGCACCUCCAGGUGGCGCCACAACGAAUUCGCCCCCAAAUUCACAGCGUCAUCUAUUGAGUUUAUGUUUAUUAUGCACCAAAGGACAAUAAUGGGUGUAGUAAAAAUACGUGUAACAAUUGUAUAAAGGGAUUUGAGAAAACGAGUCUGGAUUAAAUACUAGGUACAACUUGUGGUUAGGCUAACUCGUUAACGGAUGGCGCUGUUUAAUAUUACUUUAAAGUGUUGACAAAUUUCUGAAUAGAUGUCAAGCUUAAGCAACACUGCAUAUUUAUGCUGCAUUUUGAAAUUUAAAAA